GAGAACGUCUCGAUUUUCUAUUGCAGGAGGCGUUAAUGAAGAGAUUAGGUCCAAAUGCUCACGCGUUCACCAUGGAGAUCACGCCGUUAGCACCCCCAUCGGUGCAGUUGGUGCCUGCGAAGGAGUACAAUGGCGCACCCAUUGGUACCAGCUACGACGUCAGAGCUUACGUAGCUGAUCGCGCGGAUGAGAAGCUGCAUCGGAGAACGACCGUCAGGAUGGGCAUCCGUGUCAUCCAGCGAACCACGAAGCCGCCGCUGCCAGCUACCAACACGCACAGCGUGCCAGUGUCAGCGAGUCCUUCUCCUGGAUUCAGAGGCCAGGCUUGUAAAACAAGGGUCUCGUUCAUGGAGAAUGAAAUCGCAGAGGACGAGGAGAACGCAGGGCCACACGCUACAGUGGAGAAACCGUUCUUAUUAAGCGACGGUCGGGUGAGUUUGGAAGCACGAUUAGACCAGGCGUUCUACGCUCACGGAGAUUCAAUCACCGUUCACGUCAACAUCAAUAACAACAGCAGUAAAACUGUAAGGAGGAUCAAGGUCUUCAUCGUGCAACACGUGGACGUGUGCAUGUUCAGUAAUGGUAAAUUCAAGAACGUGGUGGCUUUGCUGUCCUCGCAAGAAGGAUGUCCUAUAGGCCCUGGAGCAUCGCUAAAGAGAAGCUACACGCUUCGACCGAUUAAAGGCUCGACAAAAAAUUGGAUUGCUUUGGAAGAUAGUUACACGAAAGGGGAAGCGACACUGGCCUCGACCGUCGUUUGCCCUGGAAACGGUCCAGAGGACAGAAACGUUUUUGCCAUAUAUGUUUCCUACUAUGUGAAGGUAAAGCUAUUAAUCUCGACAAUGGGCGGAGAAGUGUCCCUCAAGCUGCCGUUCACGUUAAUGCACAGCAAUACGGAUCCGGAUUUAGCAGGCUUUCCAUCGCCAGUCAGAGAACCAAAAGUUUUGGGGAAAACGAGCGAAGAGAUCACAGAGAAUCUGCAGGAAGAUAAAGGGCAUAAGUACAAGGGGAUCAAAUUGGAGCCGAUUAAGGAGAAGCUAAAAGAGUCCAAAGACAUUGACGUUGAUCUCAUAGAACAUUACGAGGAGAGUGACAGCACCUGAGACCAGGUGGAAACAACCGACGCGUCGUCACGAACAUCGACGAAGAAUAACAGUGGCGCGAGAAACAUGAAAACUUCGAAUCACAAACACUGUAAACUGGGUUUCGACAUACAGAGAGCUUGGUGUUGCUUUAGAAGAGCUUCUUAGUAACGCGAAAAGGGAAGGAUCGUUUAACGAAAUUGUCGAUCACAAUGUUUUCAUUCUAACUCUGGAAAAAGAAUUAUUAUCUCUUAGUAAUUAAUAAUUGACGAUUGAAGUUUCGAUGAGCGGUGUCAUUCGAAUGUGAAACUAGUUCAUUAAAUUUUAAGUACUUGGGUAUUGUUUUAUUUUUUCUUCCACGAACAUCGUGUAUACAGGUAGCUCGCGAAUUUAUUAAUCAGCGUUUUUCUUAUAAACCGUAAGUAUGAGAAACAAAUGAAACAGAAAAAAGUAAUACUGUGAUGAAAUAUUUUUGUAUUUGCACCAAAUUUUUUAAAAUGAAAGUAAUCUUCAAUUUUUU